AUGGCGGCGGAGGAGGAGAGGACGGUUGUGCUGCGGAGUCUGGACGGGGUGGAGAUGGCGGUGUCGGAAGCGGAGGCGAUGCAGUCAUGGUACAUCAAAAUCGGGAUGGGCUACCAUGAUCCAAGUCGUCCCAUCCGCGUCUUCGUCCAGGGCAACAUCCUCUCCAAGGCCAUGGAAUACUGCAAGAAGCAUGCCGGCGCCGGCGCCGAUGACGAAGAUCUCCGCGACUGGGACACCGGCUUCAUCCACGCUCUCGACCACGACGCCCUCUUCAAUCUCGUCUUGACCAAGGGGAAGUCGGCUCGUGAGAUGUGCGACAUCUUCGACAUGAGGAUUCCUGGCAUCUCCAGCAGUAGUGGAUCUGGAUCCUCAUCGCCCAAGCCGAUACUGGAGAAGGCAUUGCAGGCUCUCGACAUAGCUCGCCGCCAAGAGUUCAUGGAGUACGACCCCAAGCUCAACGCUGAUAUGUGUACCCGGGUCAGCAGCUUCAACAACCUAGCCUUCUUCGACGUCCACAACGAGUCUACCUUUUCUCGUGGGCCGUCGCUUCACGAGCUGAUCAUGCCUUCAACCACGCUUGUCUUUUCAUGUAUCAACGUCAUUUCCCUCAAGGUAGCUCAAUCGGAUGUUGGGUUCCCGGUCUACGGGGCUGUUUGGUUGCCACCCUGA